AUGGCCAACCCUUUGAAAUACAAGUAUACUUCGCCCCUAGCUGGUUUCGAAAACGCGCCCCCGCUCUCAGAAGAGAGGAAUGAAGAUGGAAAGAGCCUUGUGAAUCCCCAACGUGAGGGUCUGAGCGAGGCUUAUAACACCUUCACUGAGCCACUGGAUAACGGCCGGAGAGGAGCCUUUGAUAUCCACAUCUAUUAUUUCCAGCACAGCAAGGAGCAAACCAAAUAUGCACGUGAGCUAUGGGAGCGCAUCCGAAGAGAGUUCCCGGAGCUGAGAGUUUAUGCCUUUUGGGAUGGGCCAGUCGGCCCACACCCGGUAGCCAUGUUUGAAGUUAACGUCUUUACUCCUGCUCAAUUCGGCGCAUUUGUUUCUUGGCUAGCCAUCUGGCGGGGCCCCCUCUCGGCUCUUAUCCACCCCAACACGAUUCCAGAAGAGGGAGUGCCAUCUUCCGAGUCUGCAUUCCGCGACCACUCACAGCGGGCCAUUUGGAUGGGCGAGAAGGUACCUCUAGAUUUUACCUUGUUUGCUUCUUCUUCUUAG